AUGGACCCCACCAAACAAACCCUCCUAGUCGGUGGUCUAGUCGUAGACGUCUACUCCCACCCGUCCUCCACAGACCCCACCAUCCCCGUCCACGCCCUCGUCUUCCUCCACGGCAGAUUCGGAUCCUCACAGCACGCAGAUGUCGUCACAACCGCCAAAGCCAUCUUCGAUGUGAAUUAUGGAUCCGGUGCGGGCUCGCCGAGGACAAAAGAUCUUAUCAUCGUUGCUUUUGGCACGGAUUUGCGGAUCGAUGUUGAUGGUCAUGGGGUUGGACACGGACAGGAUCACAGGAACCACGGGACGAGACUCGUGAACAUCGAGCGGAAUUUUUCAUGGAACCCAGAUCCAGCAAAGAACAAUGACCAACAUGCCGUCGACAUGUACACCAUCCAAACUGGUUCGGCCCAAGACGUGUCCUUCCUCAUCGACCACCUGCCUUCAUUCCUCUAUCCCUCAAGCCAACGAACCAUCGUCGAAUGGGGUAUGGGUGGCGUAAGCCUCGGAGGACACGCGACAUGGAUAGCGCUCUCUCGAGAACCCCGCCUCAAAAUCGGAAUCCCCAUCAUCGGAUGCCCAGACUACACUAAACUGAUAUCCCAACGCGCAUUAUCCUCAGGAGUCCCUUUCAAGCCACCAUACUACCCAGACUCCCUCAAAGAAUACGUGGGCGCUCACGACCCCGCUCAACUUCCUUAUCGCGCAACGGAUGCUUCGAAUCCGUUUUUGGGGCGUAAGAUACUGGUGCUUUCGGGCGCGAACGAUACGCUUGUUCCGUGGGUGGCGACAAAAGAGUUCGUGCAGGGCCUUGAGGUUGGGAAGGAGGGUAUUAAGCGGUUUGUUUUGCAGGAGGGUGCGGGGCAUGAGUGUACGCCAGCUAUGCAGCGGGAGGCCGGGUCGUUUGUGAGGGAGUGGUUGAGUGAUUGGAGUAAUGCAAAUUUAUGA